CCCUUCAGUGCUGUAUAUAGCCAGGGGGGAAGCCCCAGGAAAUAAAUGCAGGUGGACAGUGUGCUUACAACAUCAUCAUUUCAUUAGACAGAGGCUUACUGGGCUACGAUUAUUGCCGGCUAGGAACUUGCCAGACCUUGACAACAUCAGCUGUGCUGAAUGUUUUGGUUCCAGCUAAGACAUGAAGGGCGUAUGCCCAGAAGAUGAGUACCGGGAUGGACUCUUACGACAGUGUAUUCCCUGUAAAGAGAUGUGUGACCGGUAUGUCAGGAAAGCUUGCAUUACCUUCUGUGAUUCAGUUAAGUGUAACCAGGUACCAGGCUUUCACUAUGACAGACUGCUACGGCAGUGUUUUAACUGCUCAGAUCUUUGUGGUCAGCACCCACGGCAAUGUUCAUCUACCUGUAAUAAAAUUACUGUAACAACCUCAAGUCUCAAAGAUGCCAUGGCUCCAAAUCCAUCCAACAGCAAUCAAUACCACAUGGUUGUCACCUGCUCACUGUUGGGACUAUGCAUCAUCUUUUGUGUUCUGCUGGUAGUUUUGGCCUACUUAAUGAACAGGAGAAGAAGGGAACACUCUAAAUGUAAACCCUCACCAAAUGGACAAACCAGUAAUGGUUCAUCAAAAGAACACCUUGUGAAGUCAGGGAGUACCGGAGAAGGAAACAUUAGAACUAGAACUCCUGAACCUGUAGAAACGUGCAACUUCUGCUUUCAAGAGCAAAAGCCUCUCAAGGAAGGACACAUCUCCAUUCAGAACCCAAGGCUGCAUCUUUCAAAUAUGCCCGUAUCUCCCAUGAAGCUUAUUAAAAGUGAGAUGAAUUGUGUUCCAGUGCCAUGUUCAGAUCACAAGGACAGCUCCUUCAAAAUAAUAUGUUGUCCAUCACAAGACAAGCCUUUCAUACCAUGAUGACCAGAAAGAUGACUGGAUCUUUAUUUGCUGCUCUUUGUAGGAAUGUGAUGAUGUUCUAAAGUCAGUGUCUUGGCAUGCUGGGAGAAUGAACAGCUCAGUAUUCUAAUGACUGUCAGUAUCAGACCUGAAAAGGACACCACAUGGUGUAAACUCUUACAUAUGCCUGCAUUCACAGGGGCUUGUUAAGGUUUGAUUAAUGAUGAGUUCUGAUAUAAAGUACAAGAUGAACAAAUAUGUGCCCUGUUUUUUAUAUAUCUGUUGGAUAAUGGUUGUGUCAUAAUGAACACUGUAAUCAGGAAAUUGUAUGCCUUUUCUGUUCUAUGUCUGCUAAAUGAAUGGGCUGUUGCUUGAUUUUUCUGUCCAAUAUGAGCAAAGAUGUUUCCAACUCUCUUAUUGUGAUUUUUAUUACUUUGAUAAUGCCAGCUGCCUGGAGCUUGGUGGGUGAUAUCACCCCUCACCUUUAACCAUAGCUAUAGCACAGAUACUCCAUCCUUCUUCUAAUUUAUCCCCAAGGGGCUGUGAAACAUGGAACAUGCCAUCUCCUUUCAUCAAGUAGCUUGUUUUGGGUGAAUCCUGUACUAUCAUGAAGCAUAGCAGAGCUUAGAAUAUUCUGUAUCCAGUCUUCUGAUAGCCUGACCACUCAAUUGCCCCUAUUUUGGAGGCACUUUCUUAUUUUCAUGCUUGUUUUUCCCAUAUGCAUGAUGUACCUAUUUUGGAGGCAUUUCCCUAAUUUCAGACUUAAUUUCAUCAUCACACAGUCUUCUGAACCCCUCUCAUUACACAUUUUUUAAAGUUGUACAGUACACAUAAAAUACUCUAUGUGGCCAACAUGCUCGUACAACCAAUAAUUUAAAGAAAGAAGGCACACAUCUUACAUCUUCCUUUUUUAAAAGCAACAAUAAAUGAACUUGUGCUGUAGAAUUUUGCAAUAAAGUUCAUUAAAGUCUAUAGAUUUUACACUGUCACUUUGUUAAUGUGGUCAUAUUUCCCAUCAUUUUUGUAAUUCUGUUUUUUAAAUCUGUUUUGGAGUAGUAUCCCAUAUUCCUACUGAAAACAGGAACAGCCAUGUGCCAUUUGUUAUUCACAUUAAAUUAGAUGUCCAGAUUCUUGGCUGAAUGCACCUACUUUUCAAGGGGCUUUGUACCUGUUGAGAGGUAUACUGGCAGCUGCUCUGUUUCCAUCCAUGUCUGUCUAGGAUACCCUAAUAAGUAAUGAUGUCACAUGCAUCAUGGUGGCUUCUGAUUAACAGACUGAAUGUCUGCAAUGGUACAAUGACUGCGUCAGUGUACUGCAGGAAGCCACAUCUAUAAGGAAAAAUAUACCAAUAUUUCCAACCACCAAACCUACCUCUGAUAUAUGGUUAUCGCACCUGGACUAUACAGUCUCAGAUUCUCAGUCUUCUGGUCUCAACUGGUAGCAACAGCUAUUGUUAAACUAUCUUAUUUAAAUAAUACUGUUAGUUAAUGAACAUUAAUCACCAAACUAUUCCUAGUAUUUUUUUUUACUUGUUAUUACCACAGAUGAAAGAAGUUUAAAAGCAAGUUGGAGUGAAGGGAAAGUAGGAUGAAGGUGUGAAGGAAAAGGAUCAGGGAAGGCUUGCAAGAAACAAAAAGAACAGGCCUCACUGAAGUGAAGAGAAUACUGGAAUGUCAAAACUAGUCAAGGGAA